AGCUCGACGACCAACAAGUGCUUGUACUACUAGUAGAAGCACAUGUAUUGGUGAAGUUUUGUUUUUGUUUUUCUAUUCUUUCUCUCCUGUAAACUGCAGAACCAAUGCCAUUAAAUCAAAAGGAUAUACUAACCUGGUGUGAUGAAUUACACCAGGUGAAAGGUAAUGUUUCCCAAUUGCAGGCCACGCUUAAUCAGAUAUUAAGUAAGGCGCCAACUAUUAACCAGUAUAAACAGCUAGCAUAUCAUUUUGAGGAAACACUUAAUCAACAACAACAAAAUGGUGAUAUACAAAUGAUUGAAAAAGCGAAGAGUUUAUUGAUAUCACCACAAUUAAAGAUAGCUAUUAGGUUGAAGUCAUUAUUUGAAAAGGGGUACCUACCAUUAUUGUUAGCGCUUUCCAGGAUAAAUUUCAAAUCUGGUAAGUCGGAUCGAUACGUUGGGUAUUUUUUAAAUUAUAAUCCACCAAAGGAUAUAGUUAAUAAGUUACCUGAUAAGUUGAGAAACGGGAUAAAUGUGCCGGCCAGUACUAAAGAACAGAAGGCCCCAAUAAUAUUGAGUAAUUACCCCCCGGUGUUACCACCAAUAACUGAUCCAAAAUUAUUAAAAUUAAUUUUAACUGAUAAAAGUUAUAGACAACCAAGUGAUUUCAUAGAACUGGAAACUGAAAGUGGUAAUCACUUGUACAAUUCAAGUCAUAAUACAAAAUUAGCAAUAAGGGGGAAUAAAUUAUUGAAUUAUUUAAUUUAUAAUAUAUUAGAUGAAAAAUUUCCAGAAAUUCACGAAGAUGAUUUAACUUAUUUAACCGAAAAAUUAACUAACAAAAACAUAUUAACCAAAUUAGCCUAUGCUUAUAAUUUGGUUGAUAUAUUAUAUAAUAAUAUUUUAACCAAUGAAAGUAACACUAAUCUUGAUGAAAAAAUUGAUGCAUUUUCCAAGGUUUUCUGUGCCUACAUUGCAGGAUUGUCAAUCAAUGAUUAUACAAAUGAAGAAAUCAGUCAAUGGUUAGAAAAACUAUAUGAACCAAUCAUUAAUAAACUAUAUCAAAUCAGUAAAACCAAUCAUUCAUUAAAAGAUUUAAAUCAAUUAGCAUAUGCAGAAAUCAAUUUUUUAUUGAAAAAAAUCAAUAACACCUUUGCUGCUCAACAAACCAAGAAGAUCCAGUAUGAUUUCAAUAUCAUUGAGCAAGAUCCCUUUGUUGUUCAAUUGAAAAUCGGUGAUUUGGAUUAUGGAAUGGGUACAUCUUCCAAACGAGAAGAAGCAGAAAAUAAAGCUUGUUACGAAACAUUAAACUCAAAAGAGUUGAUGAGUAAAUUGAUUGAGUAUAUCUUGGCCAAUUUCAAAACUCCUGAAACCGUUCAAAAUAAAAAUAUGAAUAAUUUAGCUAAUUUAUAUGGAGAUGAAAGUAAGAAGCAGCAACAACAGCAGCAGCAGCAGCAGCAACAGCAGCAGCAACAACAGCAGCAGCAACAACCAGUUACCCCGAUUGAAGAAGAUGAGGAUGCGUACUCGCCAAAAGAAGACGAGGACGACUACGAACCCCAAUUAAACACCCCGGAACCAACUGAAGCUCCAGUACAACUACCAGUGCAGCCGGCACCAUUAGCUCAACCACCAUUGCACGUGAGAGCACCGUUGCCGUAUGGAGCGUUACCACCAAACCCUACCAAUACUUUACAUAACGGAGUUAGUAUAGCACCGUAUGCUUUACCAUCCUUGAAUAAUGAUGUGAGUUCCCGAAUCCCCGUCGACCAUUUGGCGAAAAACAACCUCUAUGCAUUAUUAGGAACCAAGCAUCUCAGUCCAAAUUACCGUAGCCAUAAAGUUGGUAACGAUUACCAAACCACCAUCAUGGUUGGGGAUAUAGUCUUGGGGGUUGCAUACGAUACCAAUAAGAAGAUUGCCAGCCAAAAGGCUGCCAUGAAUGCGUUAUCCAAUAAGCAUGGCUUACAGCAGUUGGGAUUAGAUGCCUAACUUCGUCUAUGUAAUAGCAUUAAUAAUAAAUGUAUCAUUUUUUCUGAUUUUUGCAAAUAUGCAACUUAAUCCUAAACUCGAGAACCUAGCCCUAC